AUGCUUUGUUUGACAAUAAGCGGUGACGGAAUGCUUUGUUUGACAAUAAGUGGUGGCGGAACGCUUUGUUUAACAAUAAGUGGUGGUGGGACGCUUUGUUUGACAAUAAGCGGUGGCGGAACGUUUUGUUUGAUGACUGGCGGUGACGGAACGCUUCGUUUCGGUGGCGGAAUGCUUUGUUUGAUGACUGGCAGUAGUAGUGGCGGAACGCUUUGUUUGACGACUGGCGGUGACGGAACGCUUCGUUUCGGUGGCGGAAUGCUUUGUUUGACGACUGGUAGUAGUAGUGGCGGAAUGCUUUGUUUGACGACUGGCGGUGGCAGUGGCGGGACGCUUCUUUUCGGUGGCGGAAUGCUUUUGAUGACUGGCGGUGGCAGUGGCGGGACGCUUCGUUUCGGUGGCGGAAUGCUUUGUUUGACGACUGGCGGUGGCGGAACGCUUCGGGAGUCGACAUUGACUUUCUCAUAUACAGUAUUGCAGUCGGUCUGUUCUCGAAAUUCCUUUUCUGAAACGAAUUUAUGGGUUCCCAUCAUGGCAGAAAGUGCCGAAUUAAGAAGAUCAACGUUGAGAGAAGACAUGGUUAACGAAUUGACAAAAUGGACAAGAGUGUUGAAUGUAGGAAUCGACGACGACGUUGUUAAGUAG